UUCUGUUUGUCUGGUGAAAAACCUGGCUAUUAAUCUGCUACCCAACUGCCUUCAGACACAAUAGCAAAGUGAUUAGAAAAGGAUGCUGCUAUAAAUUAACUACAAUACUGUAAAGCUAUGAGCAAAACAUCUGUGAUAUUUCUUUGCCCAGCAAGAAUUUUUCUAAUCUGUGCACUCAUAAGCGUCUUAAAUUUCCACUGCUCCAGUGGCGAACAGGAUGAUUCUCUUCAGUUAAACCGAGCUGAUGUCAAUGUGACCAAAGGCAGAUGGCGCCGCUCUUCAAGCCCCGUGGUACACCCUAUUGACUGUGUUCUUUCCAGCUGGUCAUCGUGGACUGCUUGUGAUGCUUGCCAGAAAAAAAGAUACAGAUUUGCCCAUGUGGAACAGCCUUCUCAGUUCGGCGGUGACCCGUGUGAUUACACUGACAGUGAAAGUGAAGACUGUGUUAUAAACAGGCCUUGCAGAAAUACUCUUCGGUGUGAAGGCUUUCUCUGUGCCACAGGCCGAUGCAUCAAUCGUAGGCUGCUUUGCAAUGGAGACGAUGACUGUGGAGAUCAGUCAGAUGAAGCUGAUUGUAGGAAGUUAUAUCAGAAAUGCAAUCAGGUUUUGGAACAAUUUUGGGGAAUACAGAUGCUAUCAAGCGGCUUAAAUGCUUUCACAAAUAAUCUGGAAGGAGUAAUUCUUGACUAUAAAUAUUAUGCAGGAGCAUGUCGCCCACAAUAUAUUGGUAAUGUUGGUUUUAGAAAACCGUACAAUGUAGAAAGUUAUUUGGCUGAGACCAAAGGCGAAUAUGAAUUUUCAAUGACUGCAUAUGAAUCAUUUUCAAGUUUUGAACACAGUGUCUCCAGGGCAAAAUCAAAAGAAGAAAGUUUUGGCAUUGGACUAACUAUACCAGGUGUAUUUAAAUUCGGUUACAACAUGAAUGACAAGCGAUACCAAAAAUUUGUUAGGAGGACGAAAAGAUUUUCUUCAAUGUCUAGCAAGUUUAUCCAUGCCCAUGCAGAGCUGGAAGUUGCCCAGUAUAAACUGAAAAGACAAGACUUGAUGCUUCAUUCUGAGUUCUUCCAGAGAAUCCUUCACUUGCCUUUGGUGUAUAGCUAUGGAGAAUAUCGAGAUCUUUUCAGAGACUAUGGAACACAUUACAUCACUGAAGCAACUCUUGGUGGCACUUAUGAGUAUACUUUGGUCAUGAAUAAUAAUGAGCUUGAGAAGGCAGGAUACAGUUUCAGAGAUGUCAAAACUUGUACACAAAAUGGAGUUAAAGGGGGCAUAACUAUUUUUGAUGUUAGUCUAUCAGGAGGAAUAACUACUGGAGGGUGUAAUGCCAUUUUAAAAGAAAUUGGAGAUGCCACAUCAGAAAAGAAAUUUGUGGAAGACUUUAUUGCUCUUGUUCGUGGAGGGGCCAGUGAACACAUUACAACACUUGCAAACAAAGACUUGCCCAAUGCAGAACUGAUGCAAGAGUGGGGGGAUGCUGUUCAGUACAAUCCUGAAAUCAUCCAAAUGAAGGUGCAGCCUCUUUACAAUUUAAUUACUGCAAAUACUUUUGCCAAUGCUGCUGCCCUGAAACAAAACAUGAAGCUUGCCCUGGAGGAAUUCCAUCAGGAAACAAGUAACUGUAGAUGUGCUCAGUGCCGGGGCAAUGGAACCCCAUUUUUGAAAGGGACUCGCUGUGAAUGUAUUUGCCCCGUGGGACAUCAGGGUACUGCCUGUGAAGAAACACAAAGAACAAAUGUUCCAGUAGAUGGAAACUGGAGCUGCUGGUCCAGCUGGGCUGCAGAUAGUGGAGGACAACAGUCUAGAAGCCGAGAAUGUAACAAUCCAGCUCCCCGAAAUGGUGGUAGUCCUUGUCCAGGGCCAAGUAGUGAAACUACUUAAUGAUUGUGUUGAAAAGCUAUUUGGAAGGGAAACAUGCAGGUUACUGAGUUUUGUUCACAGAUCCUAACAUAAGCAAAUAUUUGGAUGAUUGGUUGAAUGUUAAAAUAGCUUAGGCCCAAUCUAGAAACUUUUUUCAGAUGUGGAAAUAUACAUGUAUAUGAAAUACAUAUAAACUUUGGAGCCUACAGAUCAGGUACUGCAUAUUCCCUUUUGGAUAAAAAAUGCAGACCAUAUAGGAAAUGUUUUAAAUAUAUUUGAUGCAUGUUUAUUAUACCAGUCAUGAGAGAGCUUGAGGGUGCAAAUAUGCCUUGUAAUAUUAAAGGUCAUCAUCUGCCCUUCCAGCAUUAAGAAAUAUUGACCUUUUUCAGAUAGUUAAGUAAAGCAACCUCUAGCAAGAGCAUAUUAGUUAUUUUUCCAUCAAUGUAAAAAUAAAGCUUUUCUAAUAGUCACUGGAGGGUAUUUCAAGCUGCUGAGAUACCUAGGAUAAAUGAAAGCUUCAACCUCAAUCAAAGCAGGCUCGUCAAAUGUGAAACUUGAAAGCAAUGUGACAAUAUAUCCAAUUUCCCAUUUAUUGCCUCAAACAUAACUGAUUUAACCAAUUAGGUAGUGUUUUUUAAAAGAAAAUAUGGACUGUGGACUUCUCUCAAAUACCUCUGUGACCCUGUAGUUUCUUAGCUGUGUAAUAAUGAUAUGCUUAUUCAUCGGAUGAGUUCUCCCAGCAAAUUACUUUUCAGAAGUAUAUAUUCACAAGCAUUUUGGAGCUCCAUGUAAAAAUAAAAUACAAUUCAUGAAAUUCAUAAA